GCAGCGCAAUUAUUAGUACUGUAUUUGUAGGCUCUUUGAUAUAGGAUUUCUACCGUGACUUACUUUCCACUGUACUUUAGAAAACAUCCAUAGUUAGAUUUAGUAUUCAUAAUCAUGGAUUCGAACGCUUCAAUGAAUUCCACAUCGACUCUGGAUACGCAGCCCUUUACGGCCAUCGACUAUGUGGUCUUCCUUGGUAUAAUGUUAGCUUCGAUCAUCACGGGACUCUAUCACGCUUUCGCCGGGGGAGGACAGAAAACAACUUCGAGUUACCUGCUCGCUGAUCGUAGCAUGAACAGUUUACCCAUUGCGUUGUCGACCGUCGUUUCGUUUCUGUCCGCUAUCACUCUUCUCGGUAUCCCUGCCGAGAUCUACACCCAUGGUGUCCAGUACUGGUGGACUAGUUUUUCCUGCCUCAUCAUGAUGUCUUUAACGGCCAUCAUUUUCAUUCCUGUCUACUUCGGGCUUGGUCUAACAACUGCGUAUGAAUACCUCCAUCUCCGGUUCGGUAUGACAGUACGAAUUGCUGGGACCAUCUUGUUCAUAUUGCAGACAGAGGUUUACAUGGCUAUAGUAAUAUACGCCCCUUCAUUAGCAAUUCAAGCAGUGACUGACCUGCCGGUUUAUGCAACCAUCCUUCUAAGUGGAGCUGUAUGUAUCAUCUACACAGCAUUGGGUGGAAUCAAGGGUGUCAUUUGGGCUGACGUUCUCCAGUUUCUCGUCCUCUUCGUUUCUUUCGUCCUCGUUGUCGUUCUCGGGUGCAUCCGUGCUGGAGGAAUUGACUACGUCUGGGAGUACAAUAAACAAAAUGAUCACCUGAACUUCUUGUGGUUUUCUCCUGAUCCGACCGUACGUAUCACUUUCUGGGGUGCUACGAUCGGGGCAGGAUUCAGCGGACUGGCCCAAUAUGCCGUCGGUCAGAUAGCAGUCCAACGUUUCCUCACUGCCAAGUCUGUCAGGCUUGCUCGCAGGUCACUAUUGUAUGGUAUACCAUGUUCCUGGUUCAUGGUAACGUUGGUGUCACUCAGCGGCCUUGUCAUAUAUGCUUACUACAACAAUGACGAAAAUGGGAGAGGUGAACCGAAUUUCCCAAAGUCUGAUCAGAUCUUGAUAUACUUUGUAAGUCAAGAGUUUGGAAAGAUUCCGGGAAUUCAAGGGCUCUUUAUCGCAGCGCUGUAUGCUGGAACGAUUAGCACGGUGACCUCGGGGUUAAAUUCACUGGCUGCCGUGACCCUUGUCGACAUCGUAAAACCAUGGAGGAGGUGGAGGUCAAGACGUCGAGGGGAGGUCGUAGAGCCCGAAGAGACGGUAGAGCAAGAUCAUCGCGAUACAUGGUUCUCCAAAAUAUACACCGUUGUCUACGGUUGUAUUACGCUCGGCCUGGCUUUCGUCGCCACCAAGUUGGGGUCACUGAUACAGAUGUCAAACUCCGUAUUGGGGCCAAUCGGUGGACCAAUUGUCGGUGUCUUCUCGGUCGGUAUGCUCUACAAGAGAGCAAACUCAGGAGGAGCCAUCGCCGGUCUAGUUGUGGGAUCUGUCUUUGGUAUCGGGAUGUCCGUUGGAUCAGCUGUUAACCCGGACUCGGACUUGUGGAUCUUAAAAGUAUCAUUCAUGUGGUACACCAUGAUAUCCUGUUUCACAACGAUCAUCGUCGCCGUUCUUGUCAGCGAGGUCGUACGUCUGUUCAGCGACAAGGAGAGGAGUCGUCAGGUUGACCCGCUACUGUUGGCGACAUUUCUCCGGUGAGUACAUGUACAUAAACG